CUUCCGUAGGACAAGUAUCAGUUUCCAUAGAGACCAUCUAAUACAUCCAUGGAAUGAACGCCUAGCUCAGAUAGCUAGCUACAACAACGAAAGAGGAGGAAGCAGUGCAUCUUCUGCUGUAUAGCGCUGGCAGGUCAAAAUGUCCUUCAGAGACUUAAGAAAUUUCACAGAAAUGAUGAGGGCCCUGGGCUAUCCUCGGUUGAUAUCUAUGGAGAACUUCAGAACACCAAAUUUCACUUUAGUUGCAGAAAUCCUAAUAUGGCUCGUAAAGAGAUAUGAGCCUAAGAUGGACAUUCCAACUGAUGUAGAUACAGAGACAGACAGAAUAUUCUUCAUCAAGGCCGUGGCCCAGUUUAUGGCAACUAAGGCUCACAUCAAGGUGAACACCAAGCGUCUCUACCAGGCCGAUGGCUACGCAGUAAAAGAGAUGCUGAAGAUUACUUCAGUGCUGUACAGUGCUAUGAAGACCAAGCAGAUGGCCCUGGGAGACCUAAUCGAGGAGGACAACAGCAAGUUCAAGUUCGACCUCAGCUCAAGGGUUUCAGAUCUUAAAGCAGCCCGGCAGCUGGCAUCCGAGGUCACAUCUAAAGGAGCAUCUCUCUAUGAUUUAUUGGGAAAAGAAGUGGACUUAAGGGAAAUGAGAACUGCGGCCAUUGCUAGACCUCUGGAGAUCAAUGAGACUGAAAAGGCCCUGAGAGCUGCCAUCAAGGAGGUUUUGCAAAGUGUGGAGGAGACAAAAGACAUGCUGAGCAACGUUGUUUCUGAUGAAACCAGUCUGGACGCUAAGAUAGAAAAGAAGAAGCAGGAGCUGGAGAGGAAUCGGAAAAGGCUCCAGACACUGCAGAGUGUCAGGCCGGCUUUCAUGGAUGAAUAUGAGAAGAUUGAGGAAGAUCUGCAAAAGCAAUAUGAAACUUUUGUGGAGAAGUUCCGGAACCUCUGCUUCCUGGAGUCUCAGCUGGAUGAAUACCAUAGGCUGGAGCAGGAGAGGUUUGAGGAGGCUGAGAACAUGAUGAGGAUGAUGCAGCAUGUAUUGAGGGAGGAGGAGGAGGAGAGGGAUCUGACAAGGAGUUCCUUGAAAGAUGAGGAUUCUGACAUGGACGUUCCAGAGGAUGAAGGGUCAGACAGCGACAUGGACGAGAGUCGACCUUCUAAGCCGCGGCCCACACAAAACGGCAUCAUGGCAGGAAGAAGAGCUCGAUUCAUCGGGAACAUGCAGGGUGGUGAUAGUGAUGAGACUGAAGACAGCGAGAUUGAUGUGGAUGAGGAUGAUGAGGAUGAUGAUGAAGGCGAGGAGGAGGAGGGCAAGGAUUUGGAGGACAAUAGUCGGCAGGGCCCAGGGUCCAGGGGUGCUCGCCCCUCCAAGGGGGGCAUGAGACCGCCUCUGCUGGAGGAGAGCGACAAUGACUUCUAAAUGAAUACAGAUGAGCUCCAGCUGUUUUCUGUAUUCCAGCUCCGAUUAAACCAUCUAAUUACUUCUGAAACAUAUGCAUUUAUUAUGUUCCAUCAUGUUGGUAUUGCAACAUAGACAAUCAAUAUAGUUGAUAUUUUUUUAGUGUUGUGUAAACUGUUUGCCUUAAUAAAAUAUUAACAAUUUAA